GUGCCGAGCGCCUGGCGGCGGUGUCCGAGCGAUCGGGGACGCGGAGGGCGCCGGGCAGGUGGGGGCGCCGCCCGAAGGGCCGGGCCGGGAGCUGGGCUGCAGGCGCUGCCCGCGCCGCCCCGCAGCCCGCGGCGCGCGUCUGGCUGAGCGUGGCGGGCGCGCCGGGACCAUCCAGCGAUGCUGCCACCGCCGCUGCCGGUGUAGCGAGCGUCCGAGCCCGCAGCGGACAGAGGUCAGCGAGUUUCGGCUGAACAAAGAUCAGUCUCAAUCGUGCUUCCUGCUUGGCGGCCUCUUGCCUCCCAAAGGCGCACCGUUUCCACUUGAUGUCGUCACGCAGGAGGGGGUGAAAAGGACUCGAGACAGAUUCAGAAAUGAACACACCUGCAUAUGCUGGAUGCCUGUGAGCUCUGCCAUCCCUUUGUGAUAUUGGAAAAACACACAGUGGUGGCCUCUGAGAACUGGUUCCUUCUGUCCUCUUGGCCCUGCUGCUCCUGCUUACGGACCAGGAUGGAGACGCUGUCCCAGGAUUCUUUGCUGGAAUGUCAGAUCUGUUUCAAUUACUACAGCCCUCGGAGGAGGCCCAAGCUGCUGGAUUGCAAGCACACCUGCUGCUCCGUGUGCCUCCAGCAGUUGAGGACCAGCCAGAAGGACGUGAGGUGCCCCUGGUGCCGUGGCAUCACCAAGCUGCCCCCGGGCCUCUCCGUGUCGCAAUUGCCUGAUGACCCUGAAGUCCUAGCUGUCAUCGCCAUCCCGCAUACUUCUGAGCACACCCCAGUCUUCAUCAAACUUCCGAGCAAUGGGUGCUACAUGCUGCCCCUGCCCAUCUCCAAGGAGCGCACACUGCUGCCAGGUGACAUGGGCUGUCGCCUGCUGCCUGGAAGCCAGCAGAAGUCUGUCACCGUGGUGACCGUCCCUGCAGAACAACAGCCCCUGCAAGGCGGGGCCCCCCAGGAGGCAGUGGAGGAGGAGCCAGACAGGCGGGGUGUGGUGAAAAGCUCCACGUGGUCUGGCGUGUGCACUGUCAUCCUGGUGGCCUGUGUCCUCGUCUUCCUCCUUGGAAUUGUCCUCCACAACAUGUCUUGCAUCUCUAAGCGUUUCACUGUCAUAUCCUGUGGCUGAACCUGGGGGGCAGGGAAGGCUCUGGUGGGUGCCAACUUAGGGGUUGAGCAGGUGUUGGUGAUGGGAUGCUGGUGAGAAGAUGGGGGGGGCGACAGUGACCAUUUGGUGCCAAGCUCUGGCCUCUGGGUUGCCAGUUGGUUCACCUGAAGACAGACACAAAGGGUAGAAGGUGAGUUUCAGCGAGACUCCAGGUGGAUUGUUCUGGGUUGAUGGCCAGGGCUUUGAAGAUGAUUGCAUGCUUCCUCAUAAAGUAAUUUAUGAUUUUUCAAGAUCAUGUUACAAGAUAGACAUAUUCUACUUAGAUGUUAAACUGUACACAUUGCAUACAACGAUCUCUAGUAGGUGAAGACAAAGAUGCUGUGUGUAGGAGUGGAAUCAAACCUCAAAUCCAUGUAAAAACUCAGUGAAGACAUACAGUGCUGGCUUCUAUGCUUUUUUUUUUUUUCCCCUUCUUUUUCUUUUUUUAGUGAAACCCAGUCUUCAUUUAGUUGCUAAGGCUUUUUAUCAUUUUGAAUGACACCCAAAUCAAAAUAAGUGAAAUGGACCAUCUUUCUUUGGAGGAAAUAUGUGAACGAGUGUCUCCAGUGUGUUGUGUGUUGUCAUGUACCUUCGUUAUUUUUCUCACUUGUGAUUAGAGCUUGCUAUGUGUUUGUUGAGGUGAACACUAACUGGGGAGCAAUAAACAGAAAUAAUGAGAGAUAUCCGAUCCCACAGGAAACUUGGAUGCCAGUAUUUCUCAAGCCAUCUCACGAAAUAAGAAUUUAAAAUGUAAAUAUUGUGUAUUGUGUGUGUAUGUGUGUAAUUUGAUUUACCUCAGGUUUUUGAGUCUUUCCGGAAGAAUCCUGGGAGUACGACUUUGUGGGCAUGAUGAGUUGAUUAUCUGAAACAUUGCCACCUUGUGGGCACCUGGAUCCCCCCAUAAGACAUCUUCUCCAGUCACCUCCAAUACUCACUCACUCCUCCGCAAGUGUAUUUGUGGGGCACAAGUGGAGAGUGUCAGAAGUCUUUUCUCCCAGUUUUGGGGUUUGUGAAAACCAUGAACAUCAUCAACCAAUGGCAAACCUGGCUGGGCAUUUAAUAGACAGACUGUGAUUGUUUUUUGAAAGAUGUUAUUCCAUGGGAGAGUCAAACCUUUUAGAAUUCCAAUGACAUCUUGUUGAUAUAAGCAAGAAAAUCUUUUGUACUUCAAAAUAACGUUUUUAUUGAGGAAAGUGGCAAGGUAAACGAACAGCUCCCAUUCCCAAUGUGAGUGGGCCAGUCCCUUGUGAAUUCUCAACUGGUUUAAAAUACGUAAUGGUCCACAGAGGCUCAUAAAGAAAGAUCUGCUGGUUUUGAAGGAUAAAUUCUAUCCCUGGGUGUGUGUACAUUCAGAAAUGGCUGUGAGUUUUUUGGUUGUGGAUUUCAGGAAGUAAGUGGUAUGUGUCUUGAACUCCACUCAAAUAUAAGUUUUUUAGGUUCUGUUGAAUUCCUGGAAAUGGUGGCAUUGACUGGUUCCAAAAAGCAAAGCUAGAAAAUAGCCCUGGAAGACCCAAACAAUUUUGAUUUCUUCAUAUGCUAACUAAUAUGCAUACUAAAGUGAUGGAAUAAAUGUGAAAUAAAUUGAAAAAAUAAUAACUAGACUAGAACACUAGCACUUAAUUGACAUGAGAGUCAAUAUAAAAUUAUAAACUCUGGUUUUUCAAAUCUUUUGAAAUUUGU